GCCGGCGUGGCCAUGGCGCCCAAGGGGAAGGCAGGCACCAAGGGCAAGAAGCAGAUCUUCGAGGAGAACCGGGAGACGCUGCGCUUCUACCUUCGCAUCAUCCUGGGGGCCUCCGCCGUGUACGCCCUGGUGAACCUGGUGAUCUUCUACCCCGCUGCCUCCGCCUGGACAUGGCUGGCGUUCGUCUUCAGCUCGGUGGUGUACGGCACCAGCUACCGGUCGAUGAACUCGAUGGCCAAGCCGUCCUUCACGGACGACGGCAGCCUCGCCGACGGGGGAAUCGACCUGAACAUGGAGCAGGGGAUGGCAGAGCACCUCAAGGAUGUGAUCCUGCUGACCGCCAUAGUCCAGGUGCUGAGCUGCUUCUCACUCUACAUCUGGUACUUCUGGCUCUUGGCUCCGGGCCGUGCGCUGUACCUGCUGUGGGUGAACAUCCUGGGGCCCUGGCUGGCAGCUGAGUCGCCCUCCCCGGCUGUGCCGGACACCAACGAGAAGAGGCAGCGGCGCCAGGAGCGGCGGCAGAUGAAGCGCUUCUAGGCGGCACAGGGACCCUGCUGUACCACCUCUGUGCUGCUCUGCCCUCGGGGUGCCAGGCCCAGCGUCUGGCAGGAGCUGUGCUGCUCUCUCUCACUGCUGCCAUUCCCCUAGAAAGGCCGCAAGAGACUGCCCUUUGCUUGGGUCUUGGUGCCAGCCGAGGCCCUGCUCUGUGGCACAAGGGGUGCUGCUGGUGUGCAGAAGCCUUCUGCCAGCAGCUGUGGCAUGGCUGGGGGUGGCAGGGGUGGAGAACCCAAAACAUUAAAGA